AUGGAGGCUCAAGUUAUAUCCAAUGCGUUGGCUCAAACACUUGAUGCAAACCCUCAAGUGAGAAAACAAGCUGAACAACAACUAUUAGAAUUUGAAAAACAGCCAGGAUUCACAGUGUAUUGCUUAGAUUUAGCUGUUGAUUCAUCUGUCCCAAAUACAAUCAAAAGUUCUGCUUCUGUUUUCUUCAAGAAUAGAAUUUUAAAUCAUUGGUCUGAUAAUAGUGAUAAAGCUAUAAAAUUAGAUGAACAAGAAACUUUGAAAACAAGAUUGAUUGAAUCACUUGUCAAGACAUAUGACGAUAGUCAUAUUAGACCUCAAUUAACCCUUGCCGUAAGAAAUAUCUUGUUACGUGGUGCUUGGGUAUUAAAUGAUGCAAUUUUACAAUUAUUAAAUUCCAAAAAUGAUAUAUCACAUGUUUAUACUGGAUUAGUAUUAUUAUUUGAAGCUACAAGAUCUCAAAGAUGGGCUUAUACUGAUAGAACUAUUAUUGAAACUUAUAUUGAACAAACAUUCCCUAUUUUGGAAGAAUUAGCAUCGGGGAUUGUUAAUAAUUCAGAUUAUCGUUCAGGUGAAAUGUUGUAUUUAAUUUUGAAAAUUUUCAGAUACACCACCUUGAAUGUUCUUCCAAAAUAUUUUUUCCAAGUGGAAAAAUUAUCAAAUUGGAUUUCAUUACAUCUUACGGUGAUUCAAAGAGAUUUACCUAAAGAGAUCUUGGAUUUAGAACCUGCUGAUAGAUCAUUAGAUAAGAGAGUAAAAGCAUAUAAAUGGGGGUUUGGGAAUUUACAUAGAUUUUUCACAAGAUUUGGUAUACCAACAAGUAAAGUUACAUCACCUGAGUUUAUUGAAUUUUUCAAUCAAAAUAUUGUCCCAGAAAUUUUAAAAAUUUAUUUUACAAUUAUUGAAAAAUGGAGUGGUGGAUUAUGGUUAAGUGACAGUUCCCUUUUCCAUUUAAUCUCAUUCUUGGAAAAAUGUGUUUUGACAUCCUCAUGGAAUCUAAUUGAACCACAUUUUGAUAUCAUUUUACAACAUUUAAUCUUCCCUUCAUUAUGCCAAGAUGAUUUAGAAUUAUUUGAAGAUGAUCAAGAAGAAUAUAUAAGAAGAUAUUUCGAUGUUUAUAGAGAAUCAAACACUGCGGAUGUUGCAUCUGUUGAUUUCCUUUUCGUUGUUUCUCAUCAUCGUUUAGAAAAAUUAAGUUCAAUUUUAUCCUUUUUACAAACCAAAUUUCAGAAUUAUGAAUCAAAUCAAACACAAGACCAAGCUUUACAAAUUGAAGGUUGUUUAAGAAUCCUAAGUUCUAUUUCAUUAAAUUUUAAUAAUGAAAAUUCUCCAGUUAAAGAUCAAAUUGAACAAAUCAUUGCCACUUUUAUAUUACCACAUUUAUCAAGUAAAUUUGAAUUUUUAAGAGCAAGAGCAAAUGAAACCAUAUCAAUAGUAACAACAUCAUAUAAAGACCAUUCCAUCCUAUCACAAGUUUUUGCUAAAGUUUAUGAUAGUUUCAAAAGUGAAGAAACAUUAGCAGUUCAAGUUGAAGCCGCAGCAGCAUUAAAAGUACUUAUUGUGGAACCACCAGUUGUGGAGCAAAUCUCAUCAGAUGUUCCAACAAUCAUGCAAAAAUUAAUUCAUUUAUCACGUUCAUUUGAAUUAGAUAUGAUUGGUGAAGUUAUGGAAUCCUUUGUUGAAGAAUUUUCUACUCAAUUAGAACCAUUUGCCUUAGAUUUAGGUAAAACUUUAUGUGAUCAAUUUAUUCAAGCUGCAACAGAUUUCUUGGAAUUACAAGCAAAUCAUUUGAAUGGUUCAGGUGGCUCAGAUGGUGAAACUGAAAAAGAAUAUCAAGCUAUUGGUUAUAUUAAUACAAUGACUACAAUGACUAUAUCAAUGGCAAAAGUUAAUUUAGAAGAUGUAUUUGCACCAGCAAUUAAAUUUGUUUUGCAUAAUGCUGCUAUUGCAUUUUUGGGUGAAGCUUUAGAAUUAGCAGAAUCUUUAUCAAUGGCUAGAAAACAAUUAUCUAAUACAAUGUGGGAAUUAUAUCAAGAAGCUGUUGAAUCUUUUCAAACAUUUGCAAGUGAAUUCACAGAAGUUUAUAUCCCAUUUUUUGAAAAUAUAGUUGUUUAUGGAUUCAAGGGGUUAAAUUUCCAAUCUCCACAAGUUUUACCAUUGAAAAAUGUUAUUAAAGAAAUUAUAAAUUCACCUGUUGAUUUUGAUAAUCAAGGUGCAUUUGAAAUUGUGGAAUAUAUGAUUUUAACAUUAAAACAAGUUGAUGAUUUGUUUCCAUUAACAUUAAAAGUUUUCAAAGAGCAAGAUUUACCACCAUUAGGUUUCAUCAAAAUUUUAUUAGCUGCAAUUUUUAUUGAUCCAAUAAAUACAUUAAAAUUAUUAGAACAAGAAGGUGAAACUGUUAGAUUAUUUGAAAUUUGGUAUAAUUUAUCAAGUGUUUUGAAUAAUGUUUAUGGAUUAAAAUUACAAAGUUUAGCAUUAUUAUCAUUAUUAUCUGUCCCAGAAUUACCAAGUUCAAUUUUAGGAUUCGUACCACAAUUUGGAACAAAAUUAAUUGCAUCUGUGGAAAAAUUACCAGAUGCAUUGAAUAAGAGACAAGCGUUAUUGAAAGGAACUUCAGAGGAUAUAACAGCUGCUAGUCCAGAAGAUGAAGAUUAUGAUGAUGACGAUGAUGCUUUUAAAGAUACUCCAUUAGAUGAAAUAAAUUUCUUUGUUGAAUUUAAAUAUAAAUUUAAUGAAUUACAAAAUAAUUUACCUGAUAGAUAUCAAUCAAUUAUUGGAUCAUUAACACCAGAAAGAAUUAAUUCUAUAAAUGAAUUGAUGAAAUUAACAAAUUGA